ACACCUCCAGCUGCUUAUUUUUCUACCUCGCCCAUCUUGAGUCAGCUGUGCUCUCCACCGACAGACAAAUGUAUAUGGGGACCACGAAAACGUAAUCAGACCUUAGAUCCGCGUCUUACGCUGCCUCAACGGCAGUUUGAAGGAAGUAUAAAAAAAAAACAACCUGCGCGGGGCCAACCGGAGCAGCAGCCAGCCAUUCAGACCCUCUUCACCGCGGGACGUGAGCGCUGAGAGUCUCUCUACAAUAACGGAUGACUACUGUGACUUUGAGAGAACCCGAUAGAGACAGACCGGCUGCUGAACUGUUAGAGAGGCGUUUUUCCCCCUGAUGUCUUAAGUUUAGAGAAGUAAAAACCUGCCGCGUUUCUACGUUAAAGGAAGUUGCAAGCUAGCGCGAACUUUUACAUCUCAGCGUACGUUAAGCUUUAGCAAGGUGUGUGUGUGUGAGAGGGAAUUACACUUCUCAGCCAUUUAGAAAUAUUAUGAGUUAGUUUUACUACCAGCUUGUUGGUUAACAAGGUAGCUAAUGGUUUAGAAAUUACGUUUAAACAGGUGUUGGGACUAAUUUUUGAAUGGAAACCUCCGCAGUCUUGGGCGUGUCUGAGAGCAGUCCUCCUCGGCUUUGUUUCUUUGGUCUGUGCCAUCCAUCUCAUCAUGGACAGCCUGCUGAGCGGGGCCAGUAAAGGGGCCAGUGCCCUUGAGUCCGCACAGAUCUCAUCACGUCAUAGAUGCCGCUCGCUCACUUUGCCCCUGUAUGAGUGACUGUUAAGGAAACAAUAAAAGCUUAAAUUCCUCUUAGUUUGAACAAAAAAGCCAUGCAUCUGCUGCCGGCCCUCUGUGUCUUUUGGCUGCUGGCCCUGGCCUUGGCGCUGGAAGAAGACUCUCCACUGGACUGUGUCCCCCGUAGAUCUGUGCCCUACCAUAGGAACAACGCUCACCUGUUUCACGAGAAGGGAGUGUUCAACUACUCCACCAUGCUGUUGAGAGAAGAUCUGGACCUGCUAUUGCUGGGUGCCAGGGAGGCAGUGUAUGCUCUUGACCUCAACGACAUCUCCAAAAAACUUGCUUCAGUUAAAUGGGAAGUGACGCAAAAGCAAAAUGAUGAUUGUAAAAACAAAGGAAAAGAUCCUGAGACGGAGUGCAAGAACUAUAUCAGGAUCCUGCAUCAGACGCAGGACAACAGGAUGUAUGUGUGUGGAACAAAUGCUUUUGAACCCGAGUGUGAUUACAUGUCCUACGCAGAUGGAAACCUGACUCUGGAGAAGAGACGAGAGGAUGGCAAAGGGAAGUGUCCAUUUGAUCCUUUCCAGAGAUAUGCCUCCAUCAUGGUUGAAAACAGCCUAUACUCAGCCACUUCAAUGAACUUCCUUGGCUCUGAACCCGUCCUGAUGCGCAGCUCUUCUGUCGCCAUACGUACUGAGUUCAAGAGCUCCUGGCUUAACGAGCCCAACUUUGUUUCCAUGGCUCAGAUGCCAGAGAGUUACAUGAGUGAGGCGGGAGAUGAUGAUAAGGUUUACCUGUUCUUCAGCGAGACGGCGGUGGAGUGCGACUGCUACAACAAACUGGUGGUUUCCCGUGUGGCCCGCGUCUGCAAGGGGGAUCUCGGAGGUCAGAGGACCUUGCAGAAGAAAUGGACAUCCUUCCUGAAGGCCAGAAUGGACUGUCCAGUGCUGGAGUCUCAGCUGCCGUACAUUAUUCAGGACACUUACCGCUCGUGUGACCCACAGCAGCCCUGGAAGGACUGUUUGUUCUACGCCAUCUUCACACCACAGUUGGACACAUCAGACCUGUCUGCAGUGUGUGCGUACCGCGUGUCUGACAUCAGCAGAGUGUUUGCAGAGGGGAAGUACAAGACCCCAGUCCCCGUAGAAACCUCUUUUGUUAAGUGGGUUAUGUACAGCGGAGAUGUCCCAGUCCCUCGGCCCGGAGCUUGUAUAAACAACGCGGCUCGUAAAAUGGGUAUAAAUCAGAGCCUGCACCUCCCAGACCGGACCCUUCAAUUUAUCAAAGAUAGGCCCCUCAUGGACCAAGCUAUCCAGCCAAUAGGAGAGAAGCCUGUACUGGUGAGAAAGGGAGCUACAUUCACACGCAUCCUAGUCAACCAAGUGCAGGCAGCAGAUGGAGAGAAGUACCGUGUGAUGUUCAUAGGCACAGAGGAAGGCACAUUGCUAAAAGCAGUGAACUACGAUGGAGAGAUGUUCAUCAUAGAGGAAGUGCAAAUCUUCCAGCCCCCAGAGCCAAUCAAGAUUCUGAAAUUCUCUAAUGUCACGGGUCAGCUGUAUGCGGGCUCAGACUACGGAGCAGCACAGAUACCACUGGCCACCUGUGGGAGGUCCUCAUCCUGUCUGGACUGUGUUCUAGCCAGAGACCCAUACUGUGGCUGGGACAAGGCUGUUGGGAAAUGUCUUGUCCUUUCUAAUUCACAAAGAGAACUAAUCCAAAGUGUGAAAGAGGGAAAUGCCUCUCUGUGCCCACAUGCUGAUCCUGUGAAGCCUAUGAAUAUCUCCAUCUGGCCCGGCGGAAACCUGAAGCUCCAUUGCCCUUCGUCUUCCACCCUGGCGAAAACCAGUUGGAAGCGGGACGGCAGCCCUCUGACGCCGUCGACUCGCCAUCAGCUUCUACAGGAUGCACUGCUCAUCCUCAACGCCACAGACACAGACGGCGGUCGGUACCGCUGCCUGUCUGUGGAGCUCUCCAAGGCCGGCGAGUACACAACCACUGUGGCCGAGUACCAGGUUAGCGUGGCUUCAGCGGAAUCUAAGGAUGGGAGACUGAUUUUUCCCCAGGCUCAGAUGGAUGGCCCCUCUGUGGCUGGACUGCAGGCCAUAGUCGGGCUCCUGCUAGUUUCCUUUCUUGCCCUUUUGGCUUGGAAUUUUUACAAAGGCCACCUACCACUGCCCUGGAACUGCAGAAAGAAGAAUAGAGAGCAAUCCAAGGAGACUCCUGAGAAGGGGGGUCUGAACACCACCGUGACCUACCAGGAUGCACUGAGGCCUGCACUGGCCGAAGACAAGCCCCUGGUGUCGGGAACAAGCAACGGCAGUAAUAACCACCACACCGGAGGGGAGGCGGCAUUCAGCGCGCCUGGGGAGGAGAACGACGGCCCAAAAGUUCUUCUUCCAUCUCUGCAGUAUAUUGAUGACGAGUCAGAAAUUUGAAAAUGACAAGCGCAUUGCUGUGAUAAGUUCUACUUGUACAGUCUAUAGCCCUAUUCUCACAGUACUCGUAUUACCUGUGGACCUCUAGUAAUUUUGUAAUAAUUGCCGAGGUCAUCCAAGAUCUUAAUUUGCCAGGUAAAAAUUCCACCGCAAAUGCCGCAAAAACCUACCAUAUUUUGCCAAACAGAGGUUGUGUGAUCAUUUGAAUCCCAUGCGAGUCUUCAUCUCUGUGAUUCAGGGUCGUAUUGGCUGCGUUGGCUAAUUAUAACUUUAAGUUAUAUUAUAUGUAGUUACAGUUAUAAUACAAUUUCAGUACUGCUAAAGUUUGAGAAAUGGGAAUGCCCCGAGCCAUUUGUUUCUAGUCAAAACUAGGGCUGCACGACAUAAGGAAAAUAUCUAAUUGCGAUUAUAUUGACCGAUAGUGGAGGGAACGAUGAAAUGAUUAUCAAAAUAAUUUUAGUGUGAUUUUUGCAAGGAUUUGUACCAAACAGAUUUUUUAUUUAGUC